GACAGAAUUGAGGACAUGGCCAACCCUUAUGACUACCCAAUGAUCAGCCAGGGUGAAAUCACUGUCAAGAGUAUCGAUGAUGUGGAGGAGUUCAUUGCCACAGAUACUGCCAUUGACAUUCUGGGCUUCAGUGCUGAUGAGAAAAUCAGCAUCUACAAGCUGACAGGUGCUGUGAUGCAUCAUGGGGCCAUGAAGUUCAAACAGAAGCAGAGAGAGGAGCAGGCCGAACCUGACGGCAAUGAGGCGGCUGAUAAAAUCUCCUACCUCAUGGGCAUCAACUCCGCUGACAUGCUGAAAGCUCUGUGUUACCCCAGAGUGAAGGUCGGGAAUGAGAUGGUGACCAAAGGCCAGACAGUACCACAGGUGAACAAUGCAGACUCUGCACUCUGCAAGUCUGUCUAUGAGAAAAUGUUCUUGUGGAUGGUCAUCCGUAUCAAUGAGAUGUUGAACACGACGAAUCCUAGAGAGUUCUACAUCGGUGUGCUGGACAUCGCUGGAUUUGAGAUCUUUGAUUUCAACAGCUUGGAGCAGCUUUGCAUUAACUUCACAAAUGAGAAACUGCAACAGUUCUUCAACCACACCAUGUUUGUUCUGGAGCAAGAGGAGUACAAGAAAGAAGGCAUUGAUUGGGAGUUCAUUGACUUUGGUAUGGACUUGGCUGCCUGCAUUGAGCUCAUUGAGAAGCCAAUGGGCAUCUUCUCCAUCCUUGAAGAGGAGUGCAUGUUCCCAAAGGCUACAGACACAAGCUUCAAAAACAAGCUGCAUGACCAGCAUCUGGGAAAAUGUGCAGCUUUCCAGAAGCCCAAGCCUGCCAAAGGUAAGGCAGAGGCCCACUUCUCUCUGGUGCACUACGCCGGCACUGUGGACUACAACAUUAAUGGCUGGUUGGACAAGAACAAGGAUCCACUGAACGACUCUGUCGUGCAACUUUACCAAAAGUCAUCACUCAAAGUGCUGGCCUUCCUGUAUGUUGUUGUUGCAGGCGCAGAAGGUACAAACAUCUGCAUUUCCUCAGUUCCUUUGUGGUUUAAUUAUGUACAAGACACCUGCUUAUAGAAAAACUUAAAAAAA